AUUUUUCUUGGUAAUACUGUGCCUGCGUUUACGAUGUUCUUGGAAUCUAUGGAAAUAUCACAAAAUAUCUCAGAAUUUUUCAUGCUUGGACUCUCCCAGAACCCAGAGACACAGAGAGUUCUCUUUGUGGUCUUUUUGAUGAUCUAUGUGGUCACGGUUUGUGACAACAUGCUCAUUGUGGUCACUGUCACCUCCAGCCCCGCUCUGGCUGCCCCUAUGUAUUUUUUCCUGGCCCACCUAUCCUUCAUCGAUAUCUGUUAUUCUUCCUCGGUGGCCCCUAAACUCAUCGCUGACUCCUUGUAUGAGGGGAGAGCAAUCUCUUACGAGGGCUGCUUGGCUCAGCUCUUCGGAGCCCACUUUUUGGGAGGUGUUGAGAUCCUCCUGCUCACAGUGAUGGCCUAUGACCGCUACGUGGCCAUCUGCAAGCCCCUGCACUACACGGCCACCAUGACCAGGCAUCUCUGUGCCGUGCUGGUGGGGCUGGCUUGGCUUGGGGGCUUCCUGCAUUCAUUGGUUCAGCUCCUUCUGGUUCUCCGGUUACCCUUCUGUGGGCCCAAUGUGAUUGAUCACUUUGUCUGUGACAUGUACCCUUUGCUGGAACUCGCCUGCACAGAUACGUUUAUCAUUGGUCUGCUGGUGGUUGCCAACAGCGGUGUGCUCUGCCUGUUAAACUUCCUCAUCCUGGUGACUCCCUAUGUUGUCAUCCUGGUGUCCUUGAGGUCCCACAGUGCAAAGGGGAGACGCAAAGCCCUCUCCACCUGUGGCUCCCAUUUCACGGUGGUUGCCUUGUUCUUUGUGCCCUGUAUAUUUACCUAUAUGAGUCCAUUUUCUACUUUAUCUUUGAAAAAAAACAUGGCAGUAUUUUAUGGUAUCCUGACACCUAUGCUGAAUCCCCUCAUUUAUACCCUGAGAAAUGAAGAGGUAAAAAAGGCUAUCAGAAGGCUCUUCACACAGCAAGGUGACACAUGUGGAUAA